CGCUCGCUGUUUCUGUCAGGGCUGCGCUCAAAGUGAGAGCUUUGCACAGCACACGUGAAGAGAGCAAAUGAAGGAAAUAUCAAGAACUUGCAUCCAACCUGUGACCCUGUCGGAGAGCACAUAAAACGAAUGAACGCAGGUUAAACUUUGUCUGAAGCUUUGGAGAAUCACCCUGUGCUUUGUGAUGAUAACAUGAGCAUGUAUAAAUCAGGUUUGGACAUGCUCAGAUGUGCUCUGAGAUCCACGCCACUGUGGAAAUGUGACUCUUUUAUAUGGACACAGACGUCUUUAUGUUAUAAAAGCAGAGGCUUUGCUGUGUCAUCUCAGCUGGGGAGAAAAAGCACACAAGGACACACAUUAAAACAAAUCCGGUAUUACAGUCAGAGUGGAGAAGAAGUUCUUAAUGUUCAGAUUAAACGAGCUGCUGCCUCUCCAGAGACCAGCGAACUCUCAGAUAAAGCAGAAAGGACUCCUUUCUACACGCAUUUGCAGAACUCUUCGUGCCCCACGGAUGUGCUGGACACGUUGAAGCGGUUCCCAGCGUCGCAUCAGCACCUCAGCAGCAUCUUCUCGCGCAUGUGGGAGAGCUCAAAGAGGAUGACGGACGAGCAGCGGCGCUGUGAGCUGCAGCUGAUGUUUGAGCACCCGGUGUUUGAGGAGGUCUGUGAACGCACCGUGACUGAAGCCUGGCGCAUGAGGAGCGAAGAUCUGGCCUACAGUCUGCUGGCCAUCGUCAACCUGGGAGUUUCACAAAACACAGGUGUUGUGCAGACGCUGCUGCGUGUCAUACAGGAGCGGCUGAAUCAGUUUGAUAUAAGGUCUCUUUCGGUGUUGGCUUCCUGUAUUCGGGAGAUGGAAAACAGUAGGAACGUUCAGGCCCUGAGAGAGGCUUUAAGGUUGUUGCUGAAGGAUCGUAUUCCUGAGAUCCAGAAUGUGCUUGUUCUGCAGAGCAUGAUGCGCGCGGUGGGAAAAAACUCUCCGAUACUUCUGAAGAAUGAGCUGGCGACCAAAGCUCUGUCGUUGGCAGAUGGGUUUAGUCCACCCAACACCCAGUACAUGUUCUCCAGCCUGGCUGCCAAAACCUUUGAACGAUGCAUAUUAUCAACCAUCAUUUCAGUGAUUCUCUUUCUAGUAACAUUUGAGAAUCUUUUGUUCAGACCCGUGGUCUUGUUGGAUGCAUUUGCAGAGAGAAUCAUUCAGAAAUCCGAAAGUCUGACCCUGAAAGACCUUCUUUCUGUUUUAAAAGUCUUUUCGCUCCUCAAUCACGACCUGAAAGAGAAAAAAACACCGUUUCUGGCCAGUGUAACAAUGGUCUUGGAGUCCUACCUUCCAAAGAUGUCUCCCACAGACCUAUUGAAAGCCAUCCACUGUCUGGGAUUGCUGGAGCACUUCCCCCAAACCCCACUGGAGAAACUGCUACAGAAGGACACUUUGGACCAGCUCCUAGAGAAAGGCAAACAGUCGGAUAAGAUUCAGAGGUGGCUGCACACGUUGGAUCUGUGUUUGCGACUGGAUAAACCUCAGCUGCCGCCCUCCCUGACCUCUGUCCCAGACCAGCACAUCUCAGUUCCUGCUCCUGCGGUCACAGCCAACCAGGAAGUGCUCAGUGCAGUCAGGAGCAUUGUGGGAAAUGAUGCUGUUCAGGACAGUGUGCUGGAGCAGAGCAUUUAUUUCAUUGACUGUGUGAUUACACUGCCUCAUCAAACAGAAGAAACCUGUGGCCUCAGCGCAAAGGAUUCUGGGUCACCUCAAUGUGCCCAAAGGAUUGCGGUGGUCUGCGCCCCACAUACUUCAUUUUGCUUUGGUACAACACAUCCUCGAGCCAGCUUGGUUAUCAAACUUCGCCAUCUUGAAAAACUUGGUUAUAAACCUGUUUUGGUUCCUGUCCUUGAGCUCAACUCUAAAACUGAGGAAGAGAAGAUUAAAAUGCUACAAAAGCUCAUUUUUCCAGCACAGGAAAUACCGAACAACAGUCCAAAAACAGAGUGAAAUUCACUGUUCCUAAGAGAGCAAUUCUGUGGUAUUUCAUUUCCCCUCACGCAUGGGGGAC